UGCGUCGGCGGACAUGUUUGUUGUGGUUGAGGGAAGUCUGCGAACGGGUGGAAAGAGAAGUGCCCCAAAGUCAGGCGCGUCCGCUCGCAACUCGAAAAGGUUCAAAAAGGCUCAGAAAGUUUCGUCCUCCUCUCGACAGCCCAUCUUCUGCAAACGGAUUCGCACACACAGCCCAAGGUAAGCGCCCAGCAACGCAAUAUAUAGGGAAGAGCAGCGGACCAAGUUCUCUCAUAUGCAAGGCCCCUUUCCUGUCACCACCUUCCUUCACCCCCGAAACCCGCACCAAAGAUGUCCGCUGACUCCGCCCCCGUCUUCCUCGGCAUCGGCAACCCCUUGCUGGACAUGUCCGCCGUCGUCGACGCCGAAUUCCUCAAAAAAUACAACCUCAAAUCCAACGACGCCAUCCUCGCCGGCGAGGAGCACAAGCCCCUCUACAAGGAGAUGCCCGAAAAGUACGAGGUCGAGUACGUCGCCGGCGGCGCCACCCAGAACUCCAUGCGCGGCGCCCAAUGGCUCCUCCCCGCCAAGUCCACCGUCUACAUCGGCUGCGUCGGCAAGGACGCCAACGCCCAGAAGCUGCGUGAGGCCGCCGCCAAGGACGGUUUGCGGACCGAGUACCUCGAGGACGCAGAGGCGGCCACGGGUCUGUGCGCUGUGUUGAUCACUGGCAUCGAGAGGAGUCUGUGCACGGAUUUGCAGGCCGCUAACUUGUACAAGAUUGAUCACUUGAAGAAGCCGGAGAUCUGGGGUCUGGUCGAGAGCGCAAAGUUCUACUACACCAGUGGUUUCUUCUUGACCGUGUCCCCGCCUUCGGCUAUGUUGAUUGCGGAGCACGCGGCCAAGACCAACAAGGUGUUUGGGCUUAACUUGUCGGCGCCUUUCAUCAGCCAGUUCUUCAAGGAGCCUUUGAACAACUUGCUUCCUUACGUUGACAUCCUCUUUGGCAACGAAUCCGAAGCCGAAGCCUACUCCACCUCCAACAACUGGAACCUCACCGACGUCUCCGAAAUCGCGCUCAAACUCGCCUCCUCCCCCAAAGUCAACGCCUCCCGCUCCCGUCUCGUCGUCUUCACCCAAGGCGCGCACGACACCGUCGUCGUGCAAGAUGGCAAGGUCACAAAGAUCCCCAUCAUCCCCAUCGCCCGCGAGAAGAUCGUUGACACCAACGGCGCUGGUGAUGCGUUUGUGGGCGGGUUCUGGGCGCAAUAUGUCCAGGGGAAGAGCCUUGAGACGGCGGUCAAGGCCGGACAUUAUGUUGCGAAUGUAGUUAUUCAGAGGAGUGGGCCGACGUACCCUAAGGAGGCCCACGGUUUCCGCGAGUAGACUUUUGUAAGAUAUCGGCGUAGCGGAUUGUACGUUUAGAAUCCCAUACAUUAGCUGACUUUCACCUUCUCUCAUUGUGUACCCAUUUCCUUCUUUGUCCAUAUAUGUAUGCUAAGCGUUGUGAAUAUGUAUAGAACGGAUGUCUUCACACCGAAA